GCGUCAAUGGAUUUAGACGCGCUCCUCGAGCGCGCGGCCGACUUGGGGAACCACCCUUCCUUCUACGAGUUGCGCGGCCGGGAUCGGCCGCCAGGCGUCGAGCAGCUCCAGCGCUUGGUCAACCAGGGGUUCGGGAUCCUCUUCGAGGACCGCGCGGCGGCGGAGGCCUUCUACUCCACCGCCGUUUUCCCGGCGCCCCUCGGGAACAUCACUCGAACGAAGCCCGACGGCGCGACCAAGCACCGCAUCAUCCAGGAUCUGAAGGUGAACCUCGUCAACUCGGCGGUGACCCUCGCGGAGCGCCAGGUUCUGCCGACGAUCAUCGACCACGCGUUGGACGUCGCCCUGCUUUCCUCCUGGGCUCAGGAGGGCGGCGUGUCCUGGACGCUGGCGUUGGACUUCGCGGACGCCUUCAUGUCAGUGCCGUUGCACCCGGACGAGCAGCCGUUCAAUUGCGCGCACGUCGGGCACGCAUUGCGGAGGGACAGGCCGCCGGCCUACCCGCAGGCCCUGCUCCGGCCAUUCGCGCGGUCGGGUUGUGGCCGCGCUGCCGCCGCCGCUGGUCGCCUGCAGCUCUACGUCGACGACCCGGUUCUCACCGUGGCGGGCACGCCGGCAGCAGCGCAAUUGGCGAUCGACCUUGCCCUGACUUGGUGGCCCCUCCUCGGGGUGCCUCUCGCUUGGAAGAAGGGCGCGCUCUACGCGCGCGAGCACCUGUGGAUCGGAGCCAUGUUCAUUCCGUAUUCGCCCGGCGAGGUUCACGUCAUGCUGCCCACGGAGUUCUUGGCAGAUCUCUUCAGGCUCCUCGAGCCCUUCGCGGCGGGGUCAGGCCAUGCGUCCGUGGCGGCUGCCCGCCGCGUCGUCGGGAAGUGCGCGCGGGUGGCCUACGUGGUCCCCGACGCGGCGCCCUUCGCGGCCGCUCUCUGGGGCGCCCUUGCUGGCGCUGCGGCAGCCGACCGGGAGGCACCUCCGGGUCGCGUCGCGCGCAGGAGGUUCGGGGCUGCCGCAAGGUGGAUGCGGGCGCUCGUCAACCCUUCCGGUCUCGACCUGCUCCCCCUUCGGCGAGUCGUCAGGGCCCAGGAUGAGCAGCGGGGGCGCGCUUCCGACGCCGUGGUGAAGUUCGACGCUUCCCCGUGGGGCGGCGGCGCAGCGCUCUACAGGCGCGGCGUCCCUGUGGAGUUCUUCGCCCUCACGUGGUCGGACGACGUCUGCGGUCUAUUCAACGUCGGCACGGGUCCUCACCAUAUGAUUGCGGGCGACAACGUCGCGGCUCUGGAGGGGGCCCUCGACUUCCGUGGCAAGGGCCUCCUCAACCACAUCACCCGUGAGAUCGCAUGGCGGCGCGCGCGGCGCCGGUGGGAGUAUGUGGUCUCGCACUUGCCGGCGGAGCACAACGAGACCGCCGACGCGCUGUCCCGGCCGGCCGCGCCGGACCCCGCUGAGCUCCCGGCGGAGCUCACCGAGGCGGAACGGGUCGGCGCGCCCAGCGUCCCCGAAUUUCAG